AUGGAGGACGUCAACCUGCCGACAGCCGAUCUUUCACAAUCUGAACAGGCAAGCGAACAAUCUACUGGGGAGGCCACCCGGUGUGCAACUCAGAACACAACGCAGCCCCUUCCUCUACCAGCUAGUCCCAUCGAGAUUAUUGGAGACAACUCUGCGCAACAUCCGCCAUCUGGACGACUCACGGCUACCCUCAGUCCAUUCCCCCGCGUGGAGAUCCCCGAAUACCCACCACAACCCCUCCCGAGACGGAAGCCAGCAUACUCUAAAAGAGCAUGUCUCUCUUGUCGCAGACGAAAGAUGAGAUGCGAUGAUAUAGAGCCAACAUGUGGACCAUGUACCAGAUUGAAGGUGACAUGCGAGUACCCGCCAUCUAGGAACGAAAAUCAACCAAUGGCAGUGGCUGAGAGGCUCGAUACUAUGCAGGAUGGCAUCACGAAACUCCUUCAAUUGCUGCCACGACUUUCCGUGCAGCCAAAGCCCCGAGCGAUGCCAUUCUCCCUGGAGGCCUACCUCGGUGCCCAGCAGGAAAUAGAAGUGUCGGCAGAACAGCAACGUGUUGUCCAGAAUUUAGAAGACUCCUUACACAAAUUGAGCAGUUUCCCAAACUGGCCACUGCUGAGUGGGAGGCUUGUCAGCUUCAUAUCUGACCUUCGAGCGCACACGCUUACCACCGAACAACCACCACAUCAAGAGGGUGCCGGCGCGUCAUCAGAACCAGUGCUGAUACAGGGCGGUUCGCGAUCGCAUAUGCUUCAGAAACGGAAAUUCGAGGACGACGUGCAGGAAAAGAAGUUUUUCUGCUUCCACGAAAGCUGUGAACAGUCGUACAAUUCAGAAAAGCUUUUGGGGAAUCACAUCCGCAAUACUCACAAGGAUAGGUGGCCGGAUCUCCCCGGAACCUGUGAUCAUGAGGGGAGCGUGAAGAAGUUCCGGACAUGGGAAGAGUGCCUGACCCAUCUCACCUUUCACCAGAGAGCGAUGGGUAUGCGACGGAAAGAGUAUGACAAAAUCCAAGCUUCUGCCCAAUUCUGGGUGUCUUACAGCAACCAGCGCGUGGGGAGAGAUGGUCUGGCCUCUAUCAAUGGCAGUCCCAUAGACAACGUGGGCUAUUCCCCUGCAAGCAAUUCAGGUUAUGGAACAGCUUGGGACUCAGCAGCGAACACUUUCCUGGGGUCAAAUCCAAUGGGGAGUAUGGACCGAUCUCCUGUAAGUAAUUCGGGAAAUCGACCACCAUGGGAUAUCCCGGCGACCGAUUCUUUUCGUGCUGCCUCGAUGGCCAUCAACGGUGAAGACUUUAGCUUCCCAUCCAUGGCUUCGUAG